AUGGAAGUAUGUUAUCAGUUACCGGUCUUGCCUCUGGACAGGCCGGUUCCCAAACACGUGCUGAGCCGGAGAGGAGCCAUCAGUUUCAGCUCCAGCUCCUCUCUGUUCGGCGCUCCGGAUCCGCGCCAGCUUGCUCAGAGACGCGGUGCGAUCUCCUACGACAGCUCUGAUCAAACUGCUCUCUACAUUCGUAUGCUAGGAGCUUGUGUAAUAUUCAAACAGCUGUUUUCAAGAGAUGUGAGAGUGAGGAGCCGGGUAGGAUUCGAACCCGAACGGAGAGGCUCGCACCCAUACCUGGGGGUCGAUUUCCGCACCUUGCACUCCCGCGCCGAGUCGGCCGGAUCGAUUCCAGCCCGGAGGAUCCGAAGACUUUUCAGUUUUCAGCGUCACCUGCUGGCAUCCCGGUUUCUGCGUGGAGCUCCACACCUGAACCCCCUCCACAUCCUGGAUGAGGAUUACUGCGGCCAAGCCAAGUGUAUGCUGGAGAAGGUUGGAAGCUGGAAUUUUGAUAUUUUCCUGUUCGACAGGCUGACGAACGGAAACAGCCUGGUGUACCUGACCCUAAACCUGCUGAAUCAUUACGGCUUAAUAGAGCUCUUCCAGUUAGACGUGGUUAAAGUGCGGCGUUUUUUAGUUUUGGUUCAGGAGGACUACCACAAUCAGAAUCCUUACCACAACUCGGUCCACGCUGCUGAUGUGACUCAGGCCAUGCACUGUUACCUGCAAGAGCCCAAGCUCGCCACGUCCCUCACUUCCUGCGACAUCCUUCUGGGCCUGCUGGCAGCAGCCACACACGACCUGGACCAUCCAGGGGUCAACCAGCCCUUCCUCAUCAAAACCAAGCAUUAUCUCGCCUCUCUGUACAGGAAUACCUCAGUUCUGGAGAAUCAUCACUGGAGAUCUGCGGUGGGUCUGCUCCGAGAGACCGGACUCUUCUCCCAUCUUCCUCUAGAGGACAGUCUGAACUUGGAGAGGCAGCUGGGCUCUCUCAUCCUGGCUACAGAUAUCAGCCGGCAGAACGAAUACCUGUCCAGGUUCAGGACUCACCUGGACCAGGACGACCUGCAUCUAGGGAACGCCUCUCACCGCCACUUCAUCCUGCAGAUGGCGCUGAAGUGCGCUGAUAUUUGUAACCCUUGUCGACCCUGGGAGCUCAGCAAGCAGUGGAGUGAGAAAGUAACAGAAGAAUUCUUCCACCAAGGAGACGUCGAGAAGAAGCACAAACUUGAAGUGAGCCCACUGUGCGACAGCGAGACCAACUCCAUCGCCGACGUUCAGAUCGGUUUCAUGACGUACGUGGUGGAGCCCCUGUUCGGCGAGUGGGCUCGUUUUUCGGACACGCGCCUCUCUCAGACCAUGCUGGGCCACCUGUGCCUGAACAAAGCCAGCUGGAAGGCCGCGCAGCCCGAGGAGAGCGAGUGCGAGCAGGAGAGCCGCUGCAAAGCCUUACCUCAGGGAAGCGUCGACUCCUGACAUGACAUGACACCGCCCCGGCUCCGCCCCGUCCUGGCCCCGCCCCGGCCCACCCCCGGCUUUUUACCUUCACUCACUUCUGAUUUGAUCACCUCCCAUCGUGUACCACUGAUUUAUUUAAUUUUAAAGCCCUUUAAUUUUUCUCCAUUGACAUAAAGCAAUACAUGGAUACCUCAUUCAGCUACUGCUGCAAAUUUUUCCUUUUA